CGGAUGUCCAUCGGGAGUGUGACGGCGCAGGCGCAGUGAGCAGCAGAGCGGAUCCACAGUUCGCGUUAAAAUGAGCUCCAUCGGGACCGGGUAUGACCUGUCAGCCUCGACCUUCUCUCCAGAUGGACGAGUGUUUCAGGUGGAAUACGCCAUGAAGGCCGUCGAGAACAGCAGCACGGCCAUCGGUAUCCGCUGUAAGGACGGUGUUGUGUUUGGUGUGGAGAAACUGGUUCUGUCCAAACUCUACGAGCAAGGAUCCAACAAACGCAUCUUCAACAUCGACAGACACGUCGGCAUGGCUGUAGCAGGUCUCCUUGCUGAUGCUCGUUCUCUUGCUGAAGUCGCUCGUGAAGAAGCUUCGAACUUCAGAUCAAACUACGGUCACGACAUUCCUCUGAAGCAUCUGUCAGACAGAGUGGCGAUGUACGUUCACGCAUACACACUGUACAGCGCUGUGAGGCCGUUCGGCUGCAGUUUCAUUCUGGGUUCAUAUGAUAAAGACGACGGUCCUCAGCUCUACAUGGUCGACCCGUCCGGCAUUUCAUACGGUUACUGGGGCUGUGCCAUCGGUAAAGCGAAGCAAGCGGCGAAGACAGAGAUCGAGAAGCUUCAGAUGAAAGACAUGACGUGCAGAGAGCUCGUUAAAGAGGUCGCCAAGAUUAUCUACAUCGUUCAUGAUGAAGUGAAAGACAAAGCCUUCGAGCUGGAGCUCAGCUGGGUCGGAGAACUAACAAACGGACGACACGAGCUGGUACCCAAAGACAUCAGAGAGGAAGCAGAGAAAUACGCCAAGGAUUCUCUGGAGGAGGAAGACGACUCUGAUGAAGACAACAUGUAACACUUUGCUUCUUUUUUUAUGUUUUAUAAAGUUUACAAACGUCAGCUGUUUUUUUUUUUCUUGGUUUUGACCGAAAAUAAAUAAAAAAAUAAAA